AUGAAGACUUCGGUGUUGUACCUUUUUACUCUAUGCGUCGCCACUGUGGCGGGCACCACACCCGAACCGACGUUGACGAGUACGCUCACGUUUGAGCUGCUUGCGGCAACGCCCAUGCCAUCGACGCAAACCCCGACAACCCCCAAGCCACCGGCAGUAGCACCAACGACGCUCCAGCCAGUGUCACUGCUGCUCGUUGGUGCGCGAACCGAUGGCUCCAAGGCCUCCUCGCCGGGCAUCACGGUCUACGACGCGAGCAAAUCGCCGCUCCAACAGCUCUUCUCGGUCUCCAGCACACUGACGGGCAACAUGCCAACGUUCAUGGCGCUCACACAAGAUAAGAACUACUUGUACGUCACCAACGAGGUCGCAGCCGGGCAGAUUGUCUCGUUUGCGAUCGACCGCAGCGGCGCGUCGCCGACGCUCAAGCGCCUCGGCGCGACGUCGACCAACUCGAACGGUCCCGUGCACAUCGCCGUGACGUCGAAUCAGCGCUUUGCACUUGUCGCGAGCUACACGGUCGGAAGCAUUACGGUGCGUUCGGUCGUCUCGUCAAAGUCGCCGGUGCUGGCGAUCGAUCCGACGACCAAGGUGGCCAGCCGCAUGGUGAGCCAGGUGGUCUUCCCCGGUGCCGCGCGCGUCGUGCCGGGGCGUCAAGACAUCGCGCACGCGCACUGCGUCACUCUAAGCCCCGACAACAACUAUGUGUUUGUCACCGAUCUCGGCAACGACAAAAUCAUGCAGUUCAAGUUCAACCCGACGACGGGCACGCUCCUUGCCAAUUCGCCGGCAUUUGUAACCGUCAGCCCGGGCGCGCUGCCACGUCAUACGGCGUUCCACCCAAGCGGCAAGCAACUCUACUUGGCUGUCAAGACGACUCAGGUCGCUGGGGUCCUCACGGGCGCGAUCCGCAUCACCGCCGACGGCCGCUACAUCCUCGUCACGAACCGGUACGGCGGGUCGACGCCGGGCGACAGCAUUGCCGUCUUUGCCGCCGACCUCACGCCAAUCGGCAAUUACGUCCUUAAAGCCUGGGCGGGCGCGCGGGACUUUGCCCUCGGCGCCAACAACACGGUGAUCGUCGGUGAGGAAAACACCAACACGUUCGAGACGUUCCAGCUCCAAGCCAACGGCCAGCUCGUGCCCACCAAGGUUGCGCAGCCGUGGCUGUUCAAGCCCCAAGUGCUUCUGCCGUUGUCGUAG